AUGCAAGUUGGGUUCCCUGACAAGAAAACAAUUACCAACAAGAGUGAUCAUGACUAUACUGAAUUUGGAAACACACUUUAUAUGAGUACAAACCUUGUUGCUUCAAUACAAAGACCCCAUAAACAUGAGUCAUUUGGAAAUAAUAUGUUAGAUAAUUUAGACUUAUUUAGUAGAAGCUUUGUAGGAAAGAGACAUGAUAAUGGAAGUACAAAAUUAUUAUUCCAUACUGAAUAUGAGAAAACAACUCCUGGAGUGAAAACUUAUGGAUAUAAAGAGUGUGGGAAGACCCUCAGGCGAAAGAAAGGUCUUAGUCUACAUCAGAGAAUUAAAAAUGGAGAGAAACCCUUUGAGUGUAGUGCAUGUAGGAAAACCUUCAGCAAGAAGUCACACCUCAUUGUGCAUUGGAGAACUCAUACGGGAGAGAAACCCUUUGGAUGUACUGAAUGUGGAAAAGCCUUUAGUCAAAAAUCUCAGCUCAUCAUACACCUGAGAACUCAUACAGGAGAGCGACCCUUUGAGUGUCCAGAAUGUGGAAAAGCCUUCAGAGAAAAGUCAACUGUCAUCAUACAUUAUAGGACUCAUACAGGAGAGAAACCCUAUGAAUGUAAUGAAUGUGGAAAAGCCUUCACUCAAAAGUCAAAUCUCAUUGUCCACCAGAAAACCCACACAGGAGAGAAAACUUACGAAUGCACUAAAUGUGGGGAAUCUUUCAUACAGAAGCUUGAUCUAAUUAUACACCAUAGUACCCAUACAGGAAAGAAACCCCAUGAAUGUAAUGAGUGUAAGAAAACUUUCAGUGAUAAGUCAACUCUUAUUAUACAUCAAAGAACUCAUACGGGAGAGAAACCUCAUAAAUGUACUGAAUGUGGGAAGUCUUUCAAUGAGAAGUCAACUCUCAUUGUGCAUCAGAGAACUCAUACAGGAGAGAAACCUUAUGAAUGUGAUGUGUGUGGGAAAACCUUCACCCAGAAGUCAAACCUUGGCGUACAUCAAAGAACCCAUUCAGGAGAGAAACCCUUUGAAUGUAAUGAAUGUGAGAAAGCAUUCUCCCAGAAAUCCUAUCUCAUGCUACACCAGAGAGGUCAUACAGGAGAGAAGCCAUAUGAAUGUAAUGAAUGUGAAAAAGCAUUUUCUCAGAAAUCAUAUCUCAUUAUACAUCAAAGAACUCAUACAGAAGAAAAACCCUAUAAGUGUAAUGAAUGUGGCAAAGCCUUCAGAGAAAAGUCAAAGCUUAUUAUACAUCAGAGAAUUCACACAGGAGAGAAACCCUAUGAAUGUCCUGUAUGUUGGAAAGCUUUUAGCCAGAAGUCACAGCUCAUAAUACAUCAGCGAACACACACAGGAGAGAAACCCUAUGCAUGCACUGAGUGUGGCAAAGCCUUUAGAGAAAAAUCAACAUUCACUGUACACCAAAGAACUCACACUGGAGAGAAACCCUAUAAGUGUACAGAAUGUGGGAAAGCCUUUACCCAAAAAUCAAACCUUAUUGUACAUCAGAGAACACAUACAGAAAAGAAAGUCCAUGGGAAAGGCCACAGCCGGAAGUCAAAGCUCAUUACACAUUAGAAAAUAAAUCAGUAGUGUUUGUUAUGUUCCCUGAAGAAACGGUUUGUUAGUUAACGUUUUUUUAAGUAUGUUCUGACUUCUGGUUUAAAUAUAGGGAUAAAGUCAGCCUUUUUUUUUUUUUUUCAUCUCAGUCUUUACCCAAAAGCUACAGGGAGGCAAAGAAACAGAAGUGUAAUCUCUGUAUCUGACAAAAUUAGGAGAUAUCUAAAAUCCCAAUGAGAGGGUUGCCAUGGGCAGAUAUGGGAGAUCUCUGAGGACAGAGGAUGCUCAAGGAUGCAGAUGUGACACAGUACUGGUAAGGACACUUAGCAGAGGUUCAUAUACAAGCAAACAGGAGUAACCCAGAGCAUGGGUAGGUGGGAGGUCGGAUGUUUCCAUUUGGCAUCUGAGGAGAGAUAGGCAGGGGCCUUGACAAGGAAUUGCUCAGACAAGUCAUACUUAGCAGAAGCUAGUCUGUACUAAUCAGAGGAGCAAUUGGUGGGGGCUGGGGCAAGCGAAGGCAGUGUUUCUUGUGACGAACCCUACAGCUUCCUCUAUUUACUGACUCCAGAGAAGCCAAGUCUGAAAGAACUAUCAAAUGGAAAAAAAUCCCAGUUGCAAGAGAACCUCUGAUCUGCCUGAAAUGUGGCCCUGGUUUCUUUUGCCACAUGAACCUCCAGUAAACACCAUGUCCAGAAAAAACUCUUAUUUAAAGAGGAAUGAUUCCAAAGUAACCAAAACCACAAAUGUACAUGGCUUUUCCAGCAAUCCCACUUCUAGGAAUGUAUAUACUCAUGCAUAUACUAGUACAAAAUGAUGAAGACACAGAGGUAUUCACUGAUGCACUGUUGUGAAAACAAAAGGUUGGAAGCUGUAGAUACGACAACACCAGGGCUCUGGUUCCUGAAAUGCUGGUAUGUUGAUUCAGCAAACUCCUAGGUAGAAAAAAAUCAAUAAAAUAUAUAAAGAGAACUUGGACACCAUUUAUGAAGUGAUGUGGGAUGCUCUCCAACGUACAUUAUUUGGUGGAAAAAGCAAAGUGCAGAAUAGUGAGUAUAAUGUGCUACCAUUUAUAUAUAAAAAGGAGAACAUAUGCUAAGUAUUGAGUGUAUAUGGAUAAACUGUCUCUGGAAAGAUAACACAAGAAGCUGGUACCCAUGAUUACCUCUAGGAAAGAGAAGGGGAAGUGGGUAGCUGUGGGGAUGGAAUUGUUAGGGAGACAACAGUAUAUCCUUUCAUAACUUUUGAAAAUUGUACUGUGUGGAAGUACUACUUUUUCACUCAAUAAAUAAAACUUUA